GUGACGUCGCUCCCAUAAAAUUCAGUCAGUUGAAGUGGACUUUGUGUAAACUUUCGGGAUGUUUCAGCCCAGACUCAUCUCCCGUUAGCCAACAAUGCUAAAGGAAGGUAGCGUAGCUUGCUAGCAGGAAAUAGACGGAGCUCGGCCUCACGGUGCUAGUCGGAGUAGCUUCGACAGAGACCAAACUGUAUUUUUCACGGAGCCCAAAUGUCCAGAUAGAGCUGUGUGAAUAGACUCUGUGCUGUUCCCUUUAUUUGACGCUGUUUUCCAUCUGAACGAUCUGCUGCUGUCCGACGAAGCUAAUGAAGCUAACUUAGCCUGCUAGCUGGAAAUAGACGCAGCCGAGCGUCAUUUAAUCAUCAGAGAGAACAAACAGUUUCUAACGGAGUGAGUCUGGAGGAAAAGCUGCUGUGAAUCAGUCAAAAUGUCUAAAGUCCAAACGCUGAGAGCUUUUGUGAAGCAGCGACUAACUGCGGCUGCUGAAGAGAUAUUUGAGCAGUUUGAAAGAACGAUAGCAGAGUACGAGGAGGAAGUUUGUCGACAACAGAAACUACUGGACGCUGUUUUCAAGCCUGAAGUCCGGUUACACAGAGCAGACGUCCAGCUGCUGUUGGUGAGGAAAGAAGAGGAUCCUCCUGAGCAGCAGGACUGGAGAUCCAGUCUGGACCAGGAGGACCCAGCAGAGCCGCCUCACAUUAAAGAGGAACAGGAGGAGCUGUGGACCAGUCAGGAGGGAGAGCAGCUGGGAGGUCUGGAGGAGGCUGAUAUCACCAAGUUCACGUCCCCUCCUGUCCCUGUGAAGAGUGAAGAAGAGGUAGAAGAGGAACCUCAGUCCUCACAGCUUCAUCAGAGACAAACUGAACAGAUGAAAACAGAAUCUGAUGGAGAGGACUGUGGAGGACCAGAACCAGCCAGGAACUCAGAUCCAGAUAAUUUACAACCAGAUACUGAUGACAAGACGUCUCACUCCUCUGAAUCUGAGACUGAUUACAAAAUGUCUCACUCUGAAUCUGAGAGUGAUGACAGUUGUGAUUGGGAGGAGACCAGAAAACCUAAGUCACGUUCAAAACCUCGACAAAAUAAAGAAAUACCUGUCAGUGAUGUUAAAUUUAAAACCGAAAAAACUUCAGUUAGCUCCUCUGAGUGUACUUCAAGCUCUGACCACAGGGGGCGUGUGCAGAAUCUCAGUGGAAUCCAUGGAGAGAAACCAUUUAGUUGCUCAGUUUGUGGUCAAAAAUACCAACGGAAGAAAUCUUUAAGGCAACACAUAAGAAUUCAUUUAGAAGGAAGACAUGUCAGCUGCUCAGUUUGUAAAAAGAAAUUCCAAUGGAAAGCAAGUCUUCGGAGGCACAUGCGAGUCCACACGGGGGAGAAACCCUUCAUUUGUUCUGUCUGUGGUCAAGGGUUUACACAAAACUCAAAUUUGACUGCACAUCUUAGAGUUCACACAGCAGAACACACUUUUACGUGCUCUGAAUGCAAAGCAAGUUUCCGUCACAGACACCAUUUGGUCCAACACAAGAGGCUCCACACUGGGAAGAAACCCUUCACUUGUUCUGUCUGUGGUAAAGCAUUCUCACAACGCUCUAAUGUGACCCGACACUUAAGAGUUCAUACAGGAGAAAGACCUUUCUCAUGCUCAAUUUGUCAAGCAACUUUUGGUCACAAACGUGUUUUGGAUGAUCACAUUAGAAGGCACACUGGGGAGAAACCCUUCAGUUGUUCUGUCUGUGGUAAAAGUUUUACACUACGCAGUGCUUUGGCGUACCAUGAAACCGUUCAUUUGGACAAAAAAACCCUUUGCAUGUCCAGUUGAGAAUGCAUCGAGGGGAGAAACCAUUUAGUUGCAGCAUUUGUGAUAAAAGAUUCAGCGGGCUCAUCUCAAAUAUCACAAGUGUGUUGGUGAGAGAGAAACUUGUUGAGCUCGUUUCCUACAGCAGGAUUGAAGCACUGAGGGCAAGACUUGGCUGAACCCUGCUCAGUUCAAAACUGAUCCAGACUCAAAAGAAAGUCCUGCUCCAGCUUUUCAGCUCGGAUGAAACACGAUGAUUUUAAUUUGUUAAAGGCAGACUGCUUCAGCCUCAGAUUCACUUCCCCUGAACUUCACAAUGGAUUUGUUCCAGUUUCCAAAGGGUCACUACGGAAGCCGAGAACAGCCAGGUCCAUAUAAAAAAUUUUUUCUCGUUUUCUCGUGAUAACGAAUUAAUUAUUUCGUUAUCUCGAGAUCACAAAGACUGUUUUCCCGUGAUAACGAAUUAAUUAGUUCGUUAUCUCGAGAUCACAA